GGUUCUAGGCAGCUCAUCUUCCUCCAUAGACUCCUCAUGCUAUAAUUAUAUGUAGACGUGUGUCUCCAAGUAGAGAUCUUUCUUCCAUUUUUCCUGGUUCACGAUCUGGGUUUUGAUCAAAACAUGAAACAACAGAAAGCAUACAUGUCCUUUACUGUAACUCUAACUUUUGUCCUCCUAUUUUCAUAUCUUGCAUCCUCGGUUGAAUCUCAUGAAGUUGAGGUCGAGGAUGAGAGGGAGUUCGAUUACGUUCAAGGAAGUCAGAAAGGACCAGCACAUUGGGGAGAGAUUAAGAAAGAGUGGGGUAUUUGCAAGACUGGAAAGUUACAAUCUCCUAUAGAUAUGGCUAAUAACAGAGUUAAACUGAUCAAAGAACCUGGAGAUUUCAAGAGGAAUUACAAGGCUUGUAAUUCUAUAAUCAAGAACCGAGGCCAUGAUAUUUCGGUAGGGAUAUUUGCCAUAACAUUUAUUUUGAUUUUAGCUGGAGUCUUCCUAUGUAUCUUUUACAAUGAAUUUAUGGGUAAAACUAAAGGAGGUGUUAUAUGGAUGCAGCUUCAAUGGGAGGAAGACAAAGCAGGAACAGUAGAGAUAGAUGGGAGCCAAUACUUUCUGCAACAAUGCCAUUGGCACUCUCCUUCAGAGCACACCAUUAAUUCCAAGGGGUACAAAAUGGAGAUGCACAUGGUUCAUCUAAGCACUGACCCAAAAGUGAAAAACAACAUUGCUGUUGUUGGUCUUCUCUACGAGAUUGGUCCACCAGAUGCUUUCCUCACUAAGUUGCUAACAGAUAUAAAAUCCCUGACUGAUCAAAUGCCAGAGAAAAGCGUGGGAAUGAUAAAUCCAACAGAGAUUAAAAUGGAUGGCAAGGAAUACUACAGAUAUUUGGGUUCACUCACUGUUCCUCCUUGCACUGAAGGUGUUAUUUGGAUCAUCAACAAGAAGAUAAGCACUGUUUCAGAAGACCAAGUUAAAGCAUUAAGAGAUGCUGUCCAUGAUUAUGCAGAGAAAAAUGCAAGGCCAAUUCAACCACUCAAUGAACGAGAGAUCAAACUCUAUGGAAUAGUGGGCCCAUCUGCUGAGUUGUAAUAGUUUAUUGCUUUAUUGUUAUUUUAUUAUUUAGGCUGUUAUUGUGUUUUGUGUUAGUUGUUAGGGUUUUUUCUAUAUUUUUUCACUUGGCCUUGUAAUAGGCACGUACUUUUCUCGUAACUUGUUCUUAGAUAUAAA